AUGAGUCUCCAAAUGUCAUUAGUAUUUUGCACCUUAAUUGGUCAAAUGAUUACUUUAUUGGUUUUAGUUUUACCAUUACCCUAUGUUGUUCGACAAAAAAUCGUCGACUUGACAUUUGCAUUGCAAAAGAACCAAAACUUUCGAGUUGGAAUUGUGUUUUCUAUCAUAUUGAUGAGUUUACAACUUUUAGAUUGCAUACAAAGGUUGAAUAAAUAUGCAGAUGCCGAAACCAACCCACAUUUCCCGGGAAUUGAUUACGAUCGAUUGGCCAGUAAAUUUUAUUCUCAAAGAAACCUCUACUUGAGUGGCGCAAUUUUAUACUUGCAAGUUGCUAUUGGAACUGUCGUUACUAUUGUUAGAAAAAUGGUUUUGAAGGAAAAACUUUACCGUGAAGCAAACAUAAAGCCAGCAACAGAUGAUGAAGCUACAGAAGUUGAGAAAUUGAAGCACUUGAUUGAUUUGAAACAACAAGACAUUGAUACAUUUAAGAAGCAAGUUGAAGGUUUACAAAAAGCUUACAACUCUUUGACACCACAAGAAGAGAAAAACAAGAAUGAAUAA